AAUAUGUCUGGUCGCGGCAAGGGCGGGAAGGGCCUUGGCAAAGGAGGUGCAAAGCGCCACCGCAAGGUGCUGCGGGACAAUAUCCAGGGCAUCACCAAGCCUGCCAUCCGGCGUCUGGCUCGUCGAGGUGGCGUCAAGCGCAUCUCCGGCCUCAUCUACGAGGAGACCCGCGGCGUGCUGAAGGUGUUCCUGGAGAACGUGAUCCGGGACGCGGUCACAUACACCGAGCACGCGAAGCGCAAGACGGUUACGGCCAUGGACGUAGUCUACGCGCUCAAGCGCCAGGGCCGCACGGCUCCUGUUUUCACUUUAAGUCGUUGUUGCUUCUCAGUCAUGGCUCGCACUAAGCAGACAGCUCGCAAGUCCACCGGCGGUAAGGCGCCGCGCAAGCAGCUGGCCACCAAGGCGGCCCGCAAGAGCGCGCCGGCCACCGGCGGCGUGAAGAAGCCGCACCGCUACCGGCCCGGCACGGUGGCCCUGCGCGAGAUCCGCCGCUACCAGAAGUCCACGGAGCUGCUGAUCCGCAAGCUGCCGUUCCAGCGGCUGGUGCGUGAGAUCGCGCAGGACUUCAAGACCGACCUGCGCUUCCAGAGCUCGGCCGUGAUGGCGCUGCAGGAGGCGUGCGAGGCCUACCUGGUGGGGCUCUUCGAGGACACGAACCUCUCUUGUUCUUUCGCUAUGUCUGGACGUGGAAAAGGGGGAAAGGGCCUUGGUAAAGGAGGCGCUAAGCGCCAUCGGAAGGUGCUUCGGGACAACAUCCAGGGUAUCACCAAGCCUGCCAUUCGGCGCCUGGCCCGGCGAGGUGGUGUGAAGCGCAUCUCCGGCCUCAUCUACGAGGAGACCCGCGGCGUGCUGAAGGUGUUCCUGGAGAACGUGAUUCGGGACGCCGUCACCUACACCGAGCACGCCAAGCGCAAGACGGUCACAGCCAUGGACGUGGUCUACGCGCUCAAGCGCCAGGGCCGCACUCUCUACGGCUUCGGCGGCUGAGUAUCUGCGAUUUUUUUUUUUUUUUCCACAAAAGGCCCUUUUCAGGGCCCCCUACUCUUUCACUUGAGGAGCUGUGACUGGUGUUUUUGCUUCUUAGUUUUUAUUUCUGGCUUGCAAUUUUUAUCUUCUGGUUUCUGACUUUAUUACAAAAACUUAUCCUUGCCUAUGAAACUUGUAAUUCUGGUACUUUUCAGGCAAUAGACUUGGAUAUACUUCCCUUAAAACCUGGAGUCUGUAUUAUCUAGUAAUCCUACUAGAGUAAUGUUUACAUUGUAAUAAAGUUUAUGGGGUUAUAAGCUAGGAAAUAGACCAAAUACAUAGGGCUUUUUAGUAGAAUGGCAUUUCUCUUGUAGAUGGAGUGCAAGCUUAGGUUUUGGAAGGAAGGAGAGAAGUUCACUUGGCACCUCACUAAUUUGUAACGUAUCCAAUAAGGCCUUAAAAUUUGUUUACAAUUUAGUGACAGCUAUUCUAGCUCCAUGUGUCCUGCUCAAGAAACAUCUAUGCUGUUACGUAGGCUUUCAUACUUCAACAGUGUGGAAGGCUGAUAAAGUACUUAUUAACUUCUCAUAACAGUUGGUAAGGAUGGGAUGUGCUUAAAAUGUAUUUCAACUAAAUUAUACGGAAAACAAAGUCACAUUAUAAAAAUGUGCUCCACGAUUAGAAAAUCCAAGGCAGCUCUCAAACCCAGGAGAACUAAUUUAAAGAGAUCCUUGGUACCUAAUGGGAAAGGAAUUAAAGAAACUAGGUAAUCCAGAACUAAAUCCAAGGGUCUAAGUAUCCUCCCAGAGAUUUUAGAAGCUAUAGAAAGAAACUCAAAGGUGAAAGACAUGCAGACACAGACUAAAAAGCAAUUGCCCACAUGUACAAAAAAUGAGAAAACAAUGACCAGAUUGUUUUAUACUUUAUAGCUGAAGUUGAAAGCUUAAAAGAACUCCUUGCCUUACCAAUAGUUAAUCUUUGUAAGGUCAAAUGCUAAAUGUGCACCUAGCCAGUCUCCCAACUCAGGAAUGUUUCCUUGAGGACCCUAGCCUCAUAUCUUUGAAAAACAAAGAAGAUAACACUGUCUCGGUUUCCUCGGGAGAGAUGGGCCUAACUUGUUAUCCCUUGAUU